AUGCAGCAGAAACCGCCUCGUGCCAGCCUCAGAUGCGCCUGCGAUGCACGUGUGGAUCUCGAAACACCAAGACCAGGGGCAUUUAAACGCGUAAGCCUCAUGGACUGCGUCUGCGUGUCUGGCAUCACCACUGUCGUCACAUGCCGCGCCCUGAUGAAACCGACCCUGAAGCCAUCCCUUCGUCUCGUCAGCCCACGUCAACUCAGCCGCUCGAUGGGCGCACAAAUAGCGCCAUUGAUCUCAUUUCCCCCCGGAGAGACCGGUAUGCAUGUCUUGGGGGAGCAAAUCGCAGUGGAUCGCGGUCCGCCGUCCCUUGCAGAUGGCGGAAUGGAACAGACGGACAGGACGGACGAUGGAACCAUAGCCCUCCCUCCCUCGCUGGAGAGCUCUUGGCUUUAUCAAACUGGGAUGUCCAGCGAGGAAGUUGGCUUUUUGGAAUUACACGAUUUGACCGCCUGUUGCUUGGCAGGACAUGGCGAGCUGAGAUGA